AUGAAUGACGAGCAGACCUUGAGGGUAAGAAAAGGAAGGCUUCUGCUUCUUGCUGAUGUCAAGGGAAGCGACACUGGGAUUGGACAUGCACUAGCUAAAUACCUGGAUAACUUAGGUUUCAUUGUGUUUGCUGGGGUUUUGAACAAGGAUGGACCUGGCGCUGAGGAACUGCGACGCACCUGUUCUCAGAGACUCUUUCUCCUGCAGCUGGAUAUAACCAAUGCCACUCAAAUCAAGGAAGCCUAUCUAAAAGUCUCCGAGAAGGUGCAAAAUACAGGGCUCUGGGGAGUCGUGAACAACGCAGGCAUCCUGGGCUUCCCUGCCGAUGGCGAGCUGCUCCCCAUGAGCACGUACAGGCAAUGCAUGGAGGUGAAUUUCUUUGGGGCUGUAGAGGUGUCCAAGACUUUCUUACCAUUACUUCGGAAAUCCCAGGGGAGGCUGGUUAACAUGUCCAGCAUGGCAGGAGGCAUUCCACUACCGAGGUACGCUGCAUAUGGUGCAUCAAAAGCAGCUCUGUCCAUGUUUUCUGGAGUAAUGAGGCAAGAGCUUUCCAAAUGGGGAAUUAAAGUUGCUGCAAUUCAUCCGUCAGGCUUCCGAACAGGUAUACAAGGCACAGCUGACCUAUGGGAUAAGCAAGAAAAGGAGCUGAUGGAGAACCUCCCAGCAGACACAACGCAGGACUACGGUGAGGACUACCUCCUGGGGCUGAAGAGCUACCUCCUGCACAUACCCACGUACUGUGAUGCCAACCUCUCCCCUGUGCUGAGUGCUAUCCUGCACGCUUUGCUGGCCAAGAGACCGCAUGGCUUGUACACCCCUGGCAAAGGGUCUUAUAUGUUCCUCUGCAUCUUCUGCUACUUUCCUCUCUGGUUCUAUGACUUUUUCCUUAGUAAGAUGCUGAGUAUAGAGUCUGUCCCAAGGGCGCUGAGAACAUCAGAAGCUGAAAGCAAGGAUCUUUAAGGUAUCCAUCAGCAUUUGCCUUGAUGAGAUAACUGGGAAAAACUCUAUUUUAAGAUGCUGCUAUUUAUUUUACUGUCUUUGUUAAAUUGCAUUUAGACUGCCUUGCGAACAGAGGUAUAUCUUUGUGUUAAGGGUAACGCUCAGGAAAAGUGGUAGAUAAACAGAAAUAGAAAGCUAUCCCCAGAUGGGACAUUUCUGGAGGAAUUUCAAUAUUUUCCUGAUGUCUUGUAUCCUGCCUUCUGUGUAAGGUAUCUCACGAGGUUAUAUAGCUCUUGUCUGCUUCAAAAGGCACCACCAACACACAGAUGUCUAACCUGGUUUUUAAAACAAAACAAAAUAUCCUUGAGAGUUGACAACCUUUUUAAACAUUGUAAGAAGCUACAUAUAUUCCUAUUAUUGGAAAGAUUUAGAAGAGUCUAAUGCAAAUCUUUCUCACAGCAGCUUCAGCCCAGUACGGGGUUUAUUUUGGUUCUCUUGCUGUUGGACCUGAGAAAUGAUUGACUGUUUUUCUCCAAGUUUUGUGAAAUAUAAUUGUGAUAUUUAUAAUGUGUCCUUUUUGCUAGACUAAGCAACAUAAAUUAGUUGGGGGGGAAAAAUGAACAAAGACAAAUCAAGAGUUUCAUGAAGAAGCAAUCAAUCUCCUUCCUACAGUAUUAUAAAAAGUAAUAGUAAGUAUAUCAGCUGCUAAUUUGGUAUCACUGUCUCGGUCAUUCUGUGCUUUGCCUGUAUAUGCUUGUGCCUCUUUAAUCAUUAGUAAGCUCUGAUUGCACUUCUGCUUUUGUACAAUUCCUUACUCUGUUCUGGGUUUACGAAGAACUUGCAAUUUUGCCCAUUUCUCCUGACACAUUCCUGUUUCUCCCUCUGCGUUUGGAGUUUGUGCUCACUCCUCUAAGAUCAGUCAGUCUUCAGGUUGGCUUUACUGGAGGGCGGUGUCCAUCUUCUGAUGGGGUUUGGUUACUCCCCUUGCCUGAAUUAAUUCCAGGAGCAUCAGGUGCCUCCCUGCCGCUGGUUGUCCCUGUGCCCUACCGUAAACCCCCAGCAACGCCAAGAGGUUGGGCAGCACGCCUGUGUUUUCCGACCCCACCCUCUUUUUGCACUGCCUGUCACAUCAUCUGGCUUUGGAAAGCUGGGAUAUUUGGCAAGAAAGCCUCAUCCCCCCCUCCCAGUUCCCUGGUUUGGUCAUCUGUCCUGUGCCUUGCUUUGACAAGAUCUCUUUCUUUUCAGAUGACAGAAAAUUGAAAGUCAUUAUAUCCUGGGCUUUAAAUGUAGAUGCAUUUUUUUUUUUUUUUACUGUCCUUUCUGAACAAAUUCUAGUCUGUUGUCAUAAUCCUACUCAUGUGACGUACACUUGCAGUCAGCUGAAGAAAAUCACAAUUUAAUUUGCAUCUGUAGUAUUUCUUCCAUCUUCUCCUGCAUCUUUUACAUCAAUGCAAGACUCCUGUAAAUGUACAGAGGAUGCUCAGCAGGUUUGGUCCACUAUUUUAAUUUGUGCCCCAGUAUGGAAAUCCUCCUGUCCUGCACGUAUUGUUGUGAUUACUGCUUUUGCUACUGAGGCUUAUUUCCUUGUGGGUUUAUAUCAGUCCCCUGAUUACAGACUUCUGCUUUCCUUUGAGAAAGUGUGACCAAAAAUGUUUUUCA